AAAAAAAAGUAAUGUUUAAUUUUUAUCUAUUUACUUUUAAUACAGAUUUUAAUGAAAUGAUCAAAUACGAAAGUAAAUGUUUUGAUGGGCUUAUUUAAAACACUACCGUUAAAUUAGGUGAUUGAAGACCAUUCAAUAUUCGUAAUGACAGAAGCGGUAACCGAAUAUUUGGGGAAAAUAACAAAAUAAUGAAACCCAGGUAUGUGUAUAUAUCGGGGUGCUAAAAAUAUCAGUACAUCAGAAGGUGUGAAGAUUGCAGCAGGUGCCCUGGUUUGUGAUGAAUGUGAAUUAGUAGGAGAUAUAACUAUUGGUGCUAGAACAGUGGUUCAUCCUAAGGCCAGAAUAAUAGCAGAAGAUGGACCUAUUUAUAUAGGAGAAAAUAACAUCAUUGAAGAAUUGGUACAGAUAGUCAACAAAAAUCCAGAAGGGAAGUCAAGUUCUACACAGAAUGUGAUGAUUAUAGGAAACAAUAAUGUAUUUGAGGUUGGAUCAUAUAUAGAGGCCACAAAGAUUGGUGAUCAUAACAUGAUAGAGGCCAAAGCAAAAGUAGGAAGACAAGUAGAGCUAACCUCUGGUUGUAUAAUAGGAGGCAUGUGUAGUGUGUCCAGUACAGAAACCAUGCCUGAGAACACAGUUAUAUGUGGUAGUAAUUGUGACAGAAGGGUCGCUAGAGAAAGGCCACCGACACAAAGUCUACAGAUAGACUUCCUAACCAAGAUAUUACCCAACUACCAUUAUCUGAAGAAACCAAAGGCAGGAACACCACAAAGGACUUGAUAUAGGAUGAAGGAACAACAUUUAUUUAUUAAUGUGCAAUAUUUUAUUUAAUGGUGAUAAAGGAUUGUGAUGGAAGGCUGACAAAUAAAGUUAUACAUGUAGAUCAAGAACUGGAUUCAAAUUUGCAGCAUUUAGGACAAUUAUAUGUGGCUUUUAUAGAGUGCUUGUUUAAAUAAUAGGGAGGGAUGAAGGGUUCUUCAAAUAUCUAACACAAUUAUUGUAUUAUGCUCUAAACAUGUUCUUAAAUUAUAAUGACAUCUAUCUUUGCAGUAAUGAUUGGUCCAAAUUUUUAACAUGUAUAUGCAAAAUGUUAUUCAAGAGUU